AUGCAUGCAUGUGCAUGCAUAUGCAUGCAGAUUAAAUUGGUCACGGUGGAGGGUUUUAUAAUCACCAAUCAGAAGCAACAGGUUCAGAGACAAGUGAGUACCAAGGUAACAACAGCAGGAACAACUCAUCAACAAUGUAUCAUUCCUGUCACAUCGUCUCAUCAAACUAUUUGCGCCAAAAGCAUCAGUCAAGAUCGUACGGAUGAAUUAUUGGGCACUAAUUCCAGUCGAUUGAAUAACAUCCGACUCGUGAAAAAAUUAGACAGUUAUUCUUUUCUUGAACAAAUAUCCUGUAGCAAAAACAGAAAAUUGAAACAUGGGACGAAGUGA